UCCAAACCUAAGAUCCUAUGAUGGACAAGCCCAGAAAACCUUUUAAUGGCAGACCUAUAUGCUCAUAAAAUCCUUGAGUUGAUAUAAAGACUUGACCUGAGGUUUUAAGUUGACUUUUCAUUGCUAUCGACAUCUAAAGCAGUGCUUCCCAGGGACAAGACAUCUUUCUGCUUCAAAGAAAUGUCUAAAAUGGCAAUUUAUGCUUGGCACACUAUAAGAAGAUUGGUUCUCUUCAUGAUCCAGUUGGUUUUUUUCACGACCUCAUUAUUGCCAAUGAUGACUCCAGCCAUCUGGUAUCCUAAAACCUUGCCCUGCAUUGUGAAUAACAACCAAGGUUAUGUAACUGUGGAUUGUAGUGAGCAGCACCUCAGAGAAUUUCCAGAUGACAUUCCUUCUGAAGUCACCAACCUGUCACUUACCAUUAAUGACAUCCACAACAUUGACCCAAGCAACUUUGAGAAAUUUAAAAACCUUCAGGAGAUAGAUUUCAGGUGCAACUGUUUGCCUCCAAAGUUGGGACCUCAAGAUCAUGUGUGCAACACGAAGCUGAAAAUUGAAACUCACAGCUUUGCAAACAUUUUACAAUUGAAAUCACUGUAUUUGGAUGGAAAUCAGCUUUCAGCAAUCCCACGAGGUUUACCUCCUAAUUUACUUCUUCUGAGUCUUGAAGUAAACAACAUUUUUUCCAUCCAUGGAGAUGACUUUAUAGAACUUAGGAAGUUGGAAAGUCUCUUCCUGGGGAAGAACUGCUACUAUCGCAAUGCUUGCAAUACUUCCUUUUUCAUUAACGAAACAGCUUUUCGCCACCUUAGAGCAUUAAGAUUGUUGUCCUUGAAGGCUAACAACAUAUCAACUGUUCCAAAGAACCUGCCUUCCACCCUUACAGAAUUGUACCUUUAUAACAAUGACAUUCGCAAUAUCUCAGAGCAUGAUCUAAGUGGUCUUCACAACUUGGAAACACUCGAUUUAAGUGGCAAUUGCCCCCGGUGUCAUAAUGCUCCCUAUAAUUGCACAGAAUGCCCCAACAAAACAAGUAUUGUAAUUCAUCCCAACGCCUUUGACUCCUUGAAGCAAUUAAAAAUCCUACGGCUCCACAGCACCUCCCUUCAUGAAGUGAAGAGUCAGUGGUUUUAUCAUACUAAAAAAUUGGAGGUGCUGGAUCUUUCUCAAAAUUACUUGGCUAAUGAAAUUGAGAAGGCCGACUUUCUAAACUACCUUCCCAACCUAAUAAGCCUGGAUCUGUCUUUUAAUUUUGAGUUGCGAGAAUACCGUUCACAUUUACGCCUAUCAAAAACAUUUUCUAAUCUUACUAAUCUGCAAACCUUAAGACUCAGAGGGUUUGUUUUCAAAGAACUAGAUGGAUCCACGAUAAAUAAUUUAAUUCCUCUCAAAAAUUUGAAUGUGUUGGAUUUUGGAACUAAUUUUAUCAGGAAUGUUAACCUUACUCUGUUUAAAAAGCUUCCAGGUCUUAACUUUAUAAACCUUGCCUUCAACAAAAUAUCUCUCUUUUCAAAUGAUGCCAAUGGUAGAUUUUAUUCUGGCCCGAAACCAUCACCAGAUCGGUAUUACAGAUUUUUGCUUCAAGAUAUGCACUAUUUCAUGUAUGAUGAAUAUAGUCGAAGUUGCAAAUCUAAAAACAAAGAGGUGUCAUAUUCUUUCCCUUUUACCACUGAAGCUGCUUGCAGAAAUUAUGGAAAAACACUGGAUUUAAGCAGAAACAACAUCUUUUUCAUCACAGCCUCUGAUUUCCAGAAACUCACUGAUCUUAAAUGUCUCAAUUUGUCUAGUAAUGCUAUGAGUCAAACAUUAAAUGGAACUGAAUUCAAAUAUCUACCACACCUGAAAUACUUGGAUUUUUCUGACAAUAGGGUUGAUUUGCUAUAUCCAAAUGCUUUUGAAGGCUUGCGAGAACUGGAAAUUCUAAACCUUAGUGAUAACAGUCAUUAUUUUAAGGCAGAAGGCAUCACUCAUAUGUUGAGUUUUACCAAGAAUUUGACAAAGUUGACAACAUUGAUAAUGAACGGGAAUGAGAUUUCUACGUCAACUGAAAAAGGAAUGGAAAGUAAUUCACUCAAAACACUGGAAUUUAGAAGGAAUCAUUUAGAUGUUUUAUGGAAAGAGGAUUACUAUUCAUUCUUUAAGAACCUGACCAAGUUGGAGCAUCUUGAUAUUUCAGAGAACUCUCUCACUUUUCUGCCUGUUAAUGUAUUUGAUGGUCUUCCUUCAGAGCUCACGGAACUGAGACUGGCCAGUAACAACAUGAAGACUUUUCACUGGGACAAACUUCAGGUUUUGGAAAAACUGGAAGUCUUGGAUCUUAGCAACAACCAACUGACUACUGUUCCUCGUGAACUAAGCAACUGCUCAAAGACUCUUCGAAAAUUCAUACUGCAAAACAAUAACAUUAAAAAACUGACUGAUAACUUUCUUCAAAAUGCAGUCACCCUGAAAUAUUUAGACCUCAGUUUUAAUAAGAUCAAAACACUCAAAAACUCCAGCUUCCCAAAGGAUGUUAUUGACAAUUUGGAUACACUACUUCUACAUGGUAAUCCAUUCAAAUGUAAUUGUGAUCUUGUGUGGUUUGUCUGGUGGGUCAACCAGACAAGGGUGACUAUUCCUUUUCUGGCAACUGAUGUGACUUGUGCAAGCCCAGGGACAUGGAAAGGGAGAAGUGUGGUUUACUUAGAUUUGGAGACCUGUGAACUAGACUUCUCUCAGAUCUUGUACUUAGCAUCUGUCUCAGCCAUCAUGUUUCUGAUGAUAAUCACCACAAUAAGCCAGCUGUACUUUUGGGAUAUGUGGUAUUUAUAUCAUUUUUUUGCUGCCAGUUUAAAAGGAUAUAAACGUUUGUUUUCAUCUGAUAUCGUGUAUGAUGCAUUUAUUGCUUAUGAUAAGAGAGAUGAAGCUGUGUCUGAAUGGGUCCUAAAAGAACUAGUUGAAAAACUGGAAGAUCAAAGAGAGAAGCAAUUCAACUUAUGCUUGGAAGAAAGGGACUGGCUACCAGGGGAACCGGUUCUGACCAAUCUUUCUGAGAGUAUACAAGUGAGCAGAAAAACUGUAUUUGUGCUAACAAACAAGUACAUUGCAAGUGGCAAUUUCCGCAUGGCCUUUUACCUGGCACACCAGCGCCUCAUGGAUGAAAAGGUUGAUGUCAUUGUUUUAAUAUUUCUCGAGAAGGUUUUGCAAAUGUCAAAGUGCCUUCGUCUCCGGAAGAUACUGUGCAGUCAAUCUGUCCUUGAAUGGCCCACCAAUCCUCGGUCACAGUGUUAUUUCUGGCAUUGUCUGAGAAAUUCAUUGACAGCAAACCAUGAAACGAGCUAUAGUAAGCUUUUUAAAGAAAUUGUAUAACUUGGUCCCAUUGGAAGUAAAAGCUUGGUAAUAUAAGUCACAUUUGAAAGAAGGUGAAUUUUACGCUCUGUGCUGAAGAAAUUUUAAGCUAUUGGUGGAGUUGUAGAAAUUAGUUAUAGCCAUUCGCUACCCAUUGAACUCUUCUCCUGUGUGGUCAUGUGUUCUGCUUUCCAGAGUUGUCCUCUACGAGCUACUUGCUCUAAGUUUAAAGAUAAAGCACCUUAAGAAAGGACAACAGACUAGUCCUUGAAGCUACCCAUUUAGUCCAUGGACAGUAGGCACAAAAGUCAUUGGCUACAGUCUCACCUGUCAUAAUGAGAGGCAUUGCUCACCCCAAUAUAUAGCUCUUGGAUCUUUUUAUAGACACCAGGAUCAGGAUCUAGACUUAAACUCUAUCAGGUAUAGUGAUUUUCUGGAGGACUAUUAAUGUCCAGAAAUUGUUCAUGUAUCAUAUAUUUUUCUCUCUGUCUCAUGUGGGAAUUUAAUGCUUUUGCAUUCUUCGCUGUUUGAUCAAAUCCUGCCCCAGGAAUGGCUUCUUUUGGAGAAAUGGAAUAUGUGAUUGUUAAACAGUAGAAAAAUCCUUUAACACUAUUAAAAAUGUCUUACUUAUGUUUUGAA